AUGAGUCACACAAAAAAUUGUUUCACCAGAUUGAGUUGUCGAAAUUGCGAAGAGCAACAUCAUACCUUUUUAUGCCCGAAAACUGCAAAAUUCAAAGCCAGCAACAGCAAUGCAAUCCCUCUGGAGAGAUCAACUCCAUCAUUUACUCCAAUCACGCCAGCGGCGCCACAAAUCGCAAAAACCAAAAAUGCACAGCUUUCUCAAUCAGCAGCGCCUUUUACUAUGGGCAGCGGACCACACAUAACCUUGUCCACAAUAUCGUCUGAAGAAUCAAUAACCUCUUUGAGCAAUCAACUCCUUGUUAGCCCCUUUACCGCGCUCGGAUAUCCAACCCUUGUCACGUCUCACUGUCUAUUUGACACAGGAGCAAACAAGAAUUUCAUCACGGAUCAGUUGGCUACUCUUCUGAGUCUGCCCUCGAUAAGCGAGGUAAUGGUCGAUAACAUAUCUUUUGGAGGAACUUCUCCUCGAAAAAUUCGAUGUAAAAAAUACAACGUUGUUCUCAAAUUGGCGUCGGGGAAUACCAUGUCCGUUGAAUGCCUCUCAAUGCCAGAGAUCACAGGCAAAAUUCCGAAGUCUUCCCUCCAUCCUUCCUCAUUGGCUUUCGAGGAUGAGUCAAGUUCUAUCCAGAUUCAUCUACUACUCGGAAAUUGUACCGUUUGGUCUCUCAUUUCGGGCCCUUCGUUUUCGGACUCCAAGGGCGAUCGGUUCAUUCCCACCCUUCUGGGAAACCUCGCAAUUCCUCAAAUGCCUAUCGAAAAUCGCGUCCACUCUCUCUCUUCGAUUUCUUCUAACGCGCAAAAAGAUGAGGACCCCUCUCAAUCGUUUCGGCAACUUAUUCGUUAUGACACCAAAGCUCAAAAGUACUUUGUGUCACUUCCGUGGAAGACUUGCACUCCACAUCUCGGUGACGACCACUUUUGGCUGGCAUUCGGUCGUCUGAAAAGUCUACAUCAGACACUUCGAGUAGAAGGAUUUUUAGAUGAUUUCGACGAAAGCAUUUCCGAAUUAUUACGAAAACAAUACGUCGAAUUGUGUACAAAAUUUCGACCUAAGGAUAUCACCACCCCUCUAAGAUACUUGCCUUUACAGGCGGUACACCGCCCAAACAAAAAACUCCGAGUAGUUUACGACGGAGCGGCCAGAACAAAGGCAUCCAAAGCUAUUAAUGAAUUUCUUGACACAGGGUAUAAUGACCUUCCCACAAUUCCCACCGUCUUAACUCGUAUCCGAUGCCUCAAGCACUUUCUUAUCGCGGACGUGUCCGCAGCUUUCAACCAAGUUGGGAUCGAGGAAGAAGACAGAGAUGCUCUUCGGAUCUUGUGGUUAAAAGACAAAGAAAAAGAUGUUAGCCAAUCAAACUUGUCAAUCCUUCGGUUCAAAGUUCUACCAUUCGGCCUAACCUGUGCCCCAGGGAUCUUAUCCGCGGUUCUCCACAAACAUUUGGAAAAUUUCGGAGAGUUAGGCAAAGAAGUCGAACAAACCCUGUACGUCGAUAAUUUUGCUAUUUCUUGCUCAGCCGAGUCAUUUGAAGACAAGUUCAACGCAAUCUCCGACAUCUUUCGAGCAGCCAACAUGAAGCUUCAUGAUUUCAACAGCAACUCCGAUGCGAUUCGUGCUCAACUUAAUUCAAGAGGUCAUGAGACCCCCAUCAUUACGAAAAUUUUGGGCGUUCAUGCUGAUUUGAGAGCCGAUUUGUUUUUCGUAGUCUUCCCUGAAAUUGAGGAAGGCAUGGUCCCAACUAAGCGCACAGUGCUUCAAAAGCUGUCCAGCGUUUUUAACCCGCUGGGCAUGGCCGAACCAGUCCUCUUGCUUGCGCGCCUGUUAAUUCAAGAGAUUUGGAAACACAAGAUUCAUUGGGAUGAAUCACUUCCACAUCCGCUGGCGUCAAAAUGGUAUCAUAUUUGCGCUGACUGGAAUUCCAUAUCCUUGCCCUUCAGUCGUUAUUUUGAUUUGAGUGGCGCUCAAUCGAUCGAGGCACACGUAUUUGUAGACGCAUCCUCGGUGGGACGAGGCACAGUGGCCUAUUUAAGGGUCGCACAUCUGGAUCGCGUCGCUGUACAUUUCUUCUCCGCGAAGAGCAGGUUGAUCCCAACAAAAUCAGUCAUCUCUAUUCCCAAAUUAGAGUUUGCGGAACUGGUCCUUGGAGCAGAAACUUUAAUGACAAUAAGGAAAAGCAUGACAAUACAACCAGAUGGGCUUUAUCUGUGGAGCGAUAGCAAGGUAGCAAUAGCGUGGGCAAAAAGAGAUUCAACGAAAGGAAUGGAACUUUACGUUUCUAAUCGCUGGAAACGUCUCAGAAAUUGCCAGGACAUAAUUAUUCAACAUGUACCCGGUUUCAUGAACAUAGCCGAUGUCGGCUCUAGAGGAUGCACUCUGGCUGAAUUAUCCAAAAACGAAGACUGGCAGCGAGGCCCUAGUUGGUUGAAGGAUAAAGAAAAAUGGCCCGUCCAAGACCCACCAAAUGCUCUAGUUGACACCGUGAUCACAAAUGUGACAAUCUCAGACAUGCCUCCAAAUCCCCCUCCAUUCAUUCUUAAUCCAGACAGAUUUUCAAAUUGGAAUACUUUUUUCCGGUCUGCUACUUUGGUUUUUCUUUUUCUUUGCCAAUCAUCGAAAACCUUUGCGCAAAAACUGGCCAAAUUCGAUCCCAGCGCACCCUUUUCCCCCGCAUCUUCCCGCGUCGUUUUUCUCCACCUAUUGUUCAUGGCACAGCAGGCAUGUCCCCCGACCGAGGAAGAAAUAAAAAAUUACGGCCUUAUUUUGGAGAACGGACUUCUUGUUCGAAAAACUCGGCGUUUAAUCGAGGGCACAGAUUCAACAUUCAAUCCCCCAUAUCUCCCCAAAAAAUCCCCUUUUGUAAAGCUUUACAUCGCGUAUUUACACCAAUCACACCAUCACUCCUCAUAUGAGUACACCCUGCACGUGCUCAAGUCCCAGUUGUUUAUGCCUAAGCCCCGUACAUUGAUAAAAACAACUGUAAGAGAAUGCGCACACUGUAAACGCUUCACAGCUCAGCCAUAUGCGCAACCACCUUUCGCGAAUUUUCCGCCAAAGCGAACGUCCCGAUCAGCUCCCUUUACUCACACAGCAGUGGAUUUUUUCGGCCCGCUAAUUACAUCGGAUGGAAACCACACCUCAAAGAGGAUGGUAGCCCUUUACACUUGUUUUUCGACUAGAGCCCUCUGGCUUGACCUAGUUGAAGAUAACACAGCAGAGAAGUUCUUGAAUUCCCUGCGGCGAUUUACUUCCACCCGGGGCUGCCCCAUCUCAUUCUAUUCGGAUUCAGCCAAUAAUUUUCUUAUCACUUCGCAAAUAAUCAAUAAGGACCCAGUAUCAGCCGUUUUGACACCAGAUCCAUCAAUUGGCCGGUUUCUUCAAGAACAAAAAAUAAAAUGGGAUUUUAUUCCAAGUAAAGGAAGCUUCAUGGGUGGCAUUUACGAACGUCUCGUUGCUUUAUGCAAAUCAACAUUACAUAAGUCGCUAGGCCGCCGACUUAUUCCAGACGAUGAACUACGAACACAACUACUGGAAUGCGCAAGCAUAAUAAAUUCUCGUCCACUUUGUUAUCAAGCCGAGGGUGAUACCCCCGUCCUCACGCCAAACGACUUCCUCGGAGUAAUGCCGAAGCAGCUCCCGUAUCCUACAGACAACGAUGACGACCCCGACUGGCUGCCCGAGAACGAUGAUUCUGCGCGCGCAGCGCUCUUAAAACGAUGGAAAGACUCAAAUUCGCGUCUUGAAAAAACGUGGAAUUAUUGGAAUAAAGCAUACGUAACUACACUGCAAGAUCGCGUCAAAAAUACACACGAUAACCCCCAUCUUUCUGUCAAGUCUUUUCCUCAACUCAAUGAGAUUGUGAUUCUGCAGGAGGAUAAAACACCCCGCCAAUCAUGGAGAUUAGGCCGCGUUUCUGAAAUUUCAAGCAACCGUCACGUGAAAAUUGCGCUGGGCGAACGAAACGGUCAAAGAAAAACCGUUGCACGCCCAAUCAAUCGGAUCUGUCCACUAGAACUUCGCGCUUUCUCAACUUGUCUAAUCUCUCUAUUAUGUCUGGUGCGUUUAACCUUGUCUUGUUCAGAUUUAGCUGUGUUGACGGGACAGGCUCAGGAUUGUCAAAUUUCGGAUGUAAUCAAAUGCCGAUAUCAACAAAGCACGCUGUUUCCGGUCACGCCAUCAACGCAAACAGUAUGUGCAGAACUCCGCGCACCAAAUAAUGAAGCCUCAACACGAUUGGUGAUCAAGCUGAAAUCCGUUAAGUACAAAUGCCAUCGAUCGACUCUCGCGUAUACUAGACAGGUGGCUGCACACGUGGUGAAAUCCGUCCGUUGCGACCAGGCUCUAGGGUCCGAAUGUUUCUCCAACUUUUGCGAAUCCACGAAAUCGGAGACAAAAAUCCCGUCCUUUGGAGAUCAGCCGAACUCAGCACCUGGACAUACGAACUGCUUCAGAAGAUGCGGAUGUGCGUGGUGCGGUUGCGGAUUAUGCUCAGAAGGAUGUUUGUUCUACCGAUACUUCCUGGAAAGUGAUGUACCCGACAUUUUUACAGUAUUUUCAUGUCCAUCAUUUACACCUACGGUAGUAGGUGAAUUUACUCUGAAUAAUAUCACUAAGAAAUUUGUUCUUACUCCAGCCUUGCCAUAUCAUUUUUCUAACAUUACUUUAACAGUCGCAUCUCUCUCAACUGCCCCUGCUCCAAUUUUUAAUUCCAUGUUUCUUCAAAACCUUCGAUCUAAUUCUACUGCUAUAAUCCCAGAAACUGUCCGAUCUUCUCCUUCCAAUCCAUUAUCUGUAUAUCCAUGUGCAUCAGCAUCAGCUGCAAGAGACAUGUCAUGCCCAGUACGCAGGGACAUCUGUCGCUGUUCGCCUGAUUCAUAUGACCCUCAUUGUUCUUGCCAUGUCUUAGAUCUCCCUGAAAUCCUUCGUUCGGACCAUGCGCUGCCGCUCAGGCGGGGGGACCUCAUGCUCUCAGAGCACGAUGGCGAAGUGUUGGUGACCGCUUCUACUCCACUACAGCUUCAAAUACAAAUCAACGAAACUCUCGUUUUGCAAACACACCUCUCUACCUGCACUAUUGAGGACACCAACAUAAUCGGAUGCCUAGAUUGCACAGAAGGAGCCACAAUGUCAAUGAAGUGUUCUACCAAUUUUGGACCCACCACCGCCAGAUUCGAAUGCGACAGUACUAUUAUAAAGGAAAUCGAGUGUAUAACUGGGGAAAGAAUAUCAACCUCCAUCUACUCCACUACCUCCGACAUCAACGAAGAUUGUAAGGCAAUUUGCGUGGGAGGCGAAACCCAAUUCUCCCUGAAGGGCAAGUUGGCUAUAGCGCAGCCCAUUAUCCCAUCAGAUAUGGAACGGGCGGCCAAGGACCUGACGCCAGAAGUCGUCAGCGUGUGGGAAGCAUUGAAGGAUAUCUGGGGUUCUUAUAAAACAAUAUUCAUAACAGUUCUGUCUGUAGGAUUGUUUCUGAUCGCCGUCUAUCUACUCCAAUUGUUUAUCCCCCUGUUCAUGUUGGCCGGGGAGUGUCUCCGAAAUAGACAGCCCCGCCCCCAAUUGACCCCUCUGCCUUUCCGCCGUGUCCACGGCGGUCAAAGGCCUUGA